GGGACUGGGGCACGUGGACGCUCCUGCCUGCCCCCUCCCCCGCGCGCCGGUGGGCCCACGCACCCGCGGUGGCUCUGACUUCGGCGCUCCUUCUGCCUCUUGCCGGAGUGAGCCGGCCCUUCAGAACGUCCCGCUAGGGCCUUAAUUGCCUUCAUGCCAAGGGUCGACCCACACUGAGCGGCCCACUUUAGCGCUGCCCGCGGCGCGGGGCUUGGCGCCAGCCCCCACAAAAAAAAACUCACGCUGAGGCCUGGCCCAAGGAUCAUGCGGACAUGGAAGAUUUCAGGCGCUCCUACAGCCGCCUGUGCAAGGAGAGUGGGGCCAAGCCUCAGGAAGCUGUCCUGCAGCAGCUGCACCAGCUGCCAAGGGGCCGGCUGGACCUGACCACGCAGAGCCUGACGGUGGACACCUGCAGGGCGCUGGGCAAGCUGCUGCAGACGUGGGCUCUGCUGCGGGAGCUGGUGCUGAGUGACUGCAUGCUGAGCGAGGAAGGAGCUACACUGCUGCUCCAAGGGCUGUGCACUAACACCGUGGUGCAACUUCUGGACCUAAAGGGCAAUAACCUUCGAGCUGCAGGGGCUGAGGCACUGGGAAAACUCCUCCGACAGAACAAGUCCAUUCGGAGCCUCACUCUGGAGUGGAACAGCUUGGGUGCGUGGGAGGACGCCUUUGCCACGUUCUGCGGAGGUCUGGCAGCCAAUAGCACCCUGUGGCACCUGGAUCUCCGCAACAACCAGAUCAGCCACAAAGGUGCAGAGGACCUGGCCCUGGCCCUGAAGAACAACACUACCCUCCAGCAGCUGGACCUGCGCUGGAAUAACAUUGGCCUGCUGGGGGGCCGGGCCCUGGUGAACUGUCUCCCCAGCAACAAAACCCUGUGGAGAUUGGACCUGGCUGGGAACAACAUCCCUGGAGAUGUCCUCAGGGCUGUGGAGCAAGCUAUGGACCACAACCAGGACCGGCACACCACCUUCCAAGAGAACCAGGCCCGCACCCAUGUCCUUAGUAAGGAGGUCCAGCACCUCCGGGAAGAGAAGUCCAAGCAGUUCCUGGAUUUGAUGGAGACAAUCGAUAAGCAGAGAGAAGAGAUGGCACAGAGCAGCAGGGCAUCGGCAGCACGUGUGGGACAGCUUCAGGAAGCCCUAAAAGAGAGGCACUCUAUCAUCAAUGCCCUCAAGGCCAAGCUACAGAUGACCGAGGCUGCCCUGGCUCUGUCAGAGCAGAAGGUCCAGGACCUGGGGGAGCUCCUGGCCACAGCUGAGCAGGAGCAGCUGAGCCAGUCACAGAGGCAGGCCAAGGAACGCAGGCUUGAGCAGCAGGAAGCCACUGAGAGGGAAUCUAAGCUUCUUAAAGACUUGUCUGCUGCCAAUGAAAAGAACCUGCUUCUGCGUAACCAGGUAGACGAGUUGGAACGGAAGGUCAAAUCUCAGCAGGAGCAACUAUUCCUGACCAGGCAGGAGCUGACCAACACAUCGGCUGAGUUGAAGAUUCGGGCUGUCCAGGCCGAGGAGCGCCUGGACAUGGAAAAGAGAAGGUCCAAACAGAGCUUGGAGGACUCAGAAAACCUGCGCUUCAAGGAGGUGGAGCACAUGACACGCCACCUGGAAGAGAGUGAGCGGGCCAUGCAGGAAAGGAUACAGAGACUAGAGGCUACUCGGCUGUCCCUAGAGGAGGAACUGAGCCAGGUCAAGGUGGCGGCACUCAGUGAGCGCAGCCAAGCCGAGGAGGAGCUCGCCAAGGCCAGGAUCCAGGCCCACAAGGAGGAGCAGCAGCACCUGGCUCACCUGGAGGACAAGUUACGGCUGCUGACCCUGGCUCGCGAUGAGGCCCAGAGUGCCUGCCUGCAACAGCAGCAGAAGGUGGCAGAGGCCCAGGUCAGGGCCGGCCAGCUCAACCUGCAGGUGGAAGGCCUGCAGCGGCGCCUGGAGGAGCUACAGCAGGAGCUGAGCAACAAGGACCAGGAAAAGGUGGCAGAGGUGCACAAGGUGCGUCUGGAGCUGCAGGAGCAGAACGGCCGCCUUCAGGCCCAGCUGACAGCCCAGGAGGCACUGAGGGAGAAGAUGGCAGCCCUGGAACGCCAGCUAAAAGCUAUGGCACACGACCACCGGGAGGCGCUGCUGGACCGGGAGAGCGAGAACGCGUCUCUCCGGGAGAAGCUGCGGCUCCGGGAGGCCGAGAUCGCCCGUAUCCGCGAUGAGGAAGCCCAGAGGGCGAACUUCCUGCAAAACGCGGUCCUGGCUUACGUUCAGGGGUCCCCGCUGAGGGCCCUGAGCCCCCCGAAGUGAGGGAGGCCGUAAUCCCAGAACAGCAGCACUUGGGACGGCGCGCUGGGAUGAUCAGACGAGCUAGCCCCACAGUGUGGCCCCGAGGGCCUGAGCAUCCCUGCGGCUCUCCACCUGAGUGCCCGCCUCUCCCCGAGGGCCGCGCCCGGGAUGGACUCCUUCCAAAAGCAAUCCCAGAGAAUGACGUGCCUUAGAGAACUCAGUGGGGAGUAGACCCCGAGGAGCGCCUCCCCGCGUGUGCAAGCCUCACCUCUGCAAUGUAACCGCCUUUGACCAUGUAACCGCUGGCGCCGGGGUGCGCGCCGGAGUCCAGGAAUACAGCGCGUUGCACUCGG